UGGACAUGGAGGACAGUGCUAUGGGUUGCCAUAGGUUGGAUUGUGGGAAUUAGUCUUGGCAUGCUGUGCUGCAUCUAUGUGGCUACGCUGCACGAAAAUGACCUGUGGUUUUCCAACAUUAAGGAAGUUGAGCGUGAAAUCUCCUUUCGGACAGAAUGUGGCCUGUACUACUCGUACUAUAAACAGAUGUUGAGAGCUCCCUCCAUACAGCAAGGUCUUUCAGAGCUCAUCAAUGAUAAUGCCACUGAAUCCAAGAGAACCAUCAACCUCCUGCGACGCAUGAACAUCUAUCAGGAGGUGUUCCUAGGUGUUCUCUAUAGGAUUCUACCCAUACAGGCCUACCUGGAGCCAGUGUAUUUCUAUAUCUACACCGUGUUUUCCCUCCAAGCGGUGUAUGUCAUAGCCCUAUUCAUCACCAGCUGGCUGCUCAGUGGUUCCUGGCUAGCAGGGGCUCUCACUGGAGUCUGGUACAUCCUCAACAGAGUGGACACAACGCGGGUGGAGUUCACCAUCUCGCUCAGGGAGAACUGGUCCCUGCCCUUCUUCGCUCUCCAGAUAGCUGCCAUCACUUGCUACCUGAGGCCUCACCUCAAACCCAUCCAGCAGAAGGUGGUGUUGUGGCUGAUGUUCCUGGCCACGUUGUGUUUCUGCCUCACCUGGCAGUUUAAUCAGUUCAUCCUGCUGGUUCAGGCUCUCAUCAUCUUCACCCUGGAUUGUCUGGACCUCAUCUCCACAGAACAGGUGACCUGCCUGUACCUAGUCCAGGUAAGCAGCCUGCUGUCCGUGUGGCUGCUGCAGUUCUGUAACUCCAUGAUCCUAGGCUCUCUGGCUCUCAGCUUCAUUGUGGCCGCUCUCUUUGUCAAGCACUUCCAGAGAGGGCUGAAGACCGGAGGUGUCGCAGCGCGGCUGGGAAAGCUGCUCCUUCACACCGUCCUCGUCCUUGCACUAACAUUCACCAUUCAUUAUUUAGCCAAGCAAGCGUUGCAGCUCCGUUCUGAUGAACACAUCUUUAAAUUCAUAAAGUCCAAAUUUGGCUUGGGCCCUACGAGAGAUUUCGAUGCCAGUCUGUACCUAUGUGAGGAAGCCUUUGGGCUGCUUCCCUUGGACACGUUUGACCGCUUGGCUGGCACUCUGCUGGCAUACCCUUACCUCGUCACCCUGAUUGUGCUCCUGGUGAUGCUGGCGCUGGUAACACUGGCCAACCUCUGUGAUUCUUCAGCGGUCGGGCGGCCGCCGAAAGGCCGAUGCGAGGCUCGGCCGAUCUGUAUGCGGGCAGAUGUCGCCUACAAUCUGUUACACACCGUCUUCUUCGGCCUCCUGGCGCUCGGCACCAUGAGAAUGAAAUAUCUGUGGACUGGCCAUAUGUGUGCCUUUGCUGCCUAUGGCGUGUGUGGCAAGGAGCUGUGGUCCCUCUGCCUGAACAUGAUUCACUGUAACACUAAAACAAAGCUGAGGCUGAUCAGGUACACGCUUCCACUUGUCAUUCUGUGUUUUCUAUAUUACAAGUUCUGGCCCAAACUGAUGACGGAAGUAUCAGAACUGAGAGAAUUCUACGACCCUGACACCGUUGAGCUGAUGACCUGGAUUAGCUCAAAGACCCCCAAGAAGGCAGUGUUUGCUGGGAGCAUGCAGCUGCUGGCUGGGAUCAAACUGUGCACAGGGAGAGUCCUGACUAAUCACCCACACUAUGAAGACCGAGCUCUGAGAGAGAGGACCAGACAGGUGUAUCAGAUCUACGCGCAGCAAUCCCCGGAGGAGGUCCACGGGAUCCUGCGCUCGGCGGGGGCUGAUUUCGUGGUGAUGGAGGACAGCGUCUGCUACGAGAGGAGGCAUGGCCGGGGCUGCAGGCUCCGAGACCUGCUGGACCUGGCCAACGGACACAUCAUGGAUGGCCCUGGGGACAACGACCCAGACUUGGUCCACGCCUCCCACCCUCGCUUCUGUGAGUCCAUCAAGACAGACGGCCCUGCCUACACAGCCCUCUUCACCCGCGUUUUCCAAAACAAGACCUUCCACGUCUACAAGCUGAAGAGGGGCAAGAAGAGAGCCAAGGCCGACAAAGAGCCGGUGGCCAUGGAGGAUAAAAACCAGUAAUAAGACCCUGGGGACCCCAUAAACAACCCCUGCCCACCCAUAUCCAGCAGCCGGCCCCGUCUCCGACUCAGCCUCCUGCUCCCUGUCAUGUUGAUAACCUGAUGACUGCUCUGUGCUCCCUGCUCUCUGGUCUACUCGACUUCAUCUGGAACCAUGGCUGCACUCUCCCUCCCUCCUUCCACCCCUCCCUGCGCCACGGCAGCCAGAGGCAGGUAAUCACGGCCGGCUGACACGGCGCUGAUUUGAGCAGCGUCUGAUUGCGGCGGGCGAGCAGAUGAGCACAUGCAUAUCAAACCAGGGCUUUGUGUCAGGAAGCUCAUGUUUAAACAGGAGAGAUGACGGCACAUCACAACAACAUUCACGGCUCUCUCUCGCUUUCACCCAGACUAAAGGCAGAGCAGAGGAGAGGAGAGGAGAGAGACCUUUGAGAGGGAGCUGAUUGAAAGAUAGAGCAGUGGGGGUAAUUAUUGCGAAGGCCAGUCUGGUCUCUUUGGUGGCUGCGUCUGCAGCCUGACUGCACAGCUGCACCCUGUGCCAUUUCCUUGUUUUUUAAACCGUGCCAUGUCUCGUCUCCACUUGUUAAUGAGGAUUCCUCUUUUGAUGCUCUCUCACAGACACACAAAGUUCUGCAUAAGUUGUCUUGUUGUGGUGUAUCAAGGGGAAGUGGCGUUCUCAUUGUGAUGCAUAACAGUCCUAUCACUGUGAAGAGUAUUUGCUUGUUCAUUCCGUUGCAUUGAAAUUGGAUGUUUAAUUUAGGAAUUGGCUAAUAAAAAAAUGUACCAGGGAGAAGUUAAUUUCAUUAUGUUUGUCUAAUAAGUGCAUACUAAUGUAAUGUUUUUGAGCAUUGACAUUCUUCAUUUUCAUAUUUAUUAAUAAUUCAGUUUAGACGCAUUGGUCAUUUAAACCGACAGUAUUUUUUUAAAUGAGCAAAUGCUAGAGCAGAUAAUUUAUUAACUGUGUGUAUUCGCUCACAACUCAUCACCACAGAAUCAUACAGUAUUAUGUAGAAGGACUGCAUUGUGGGUAAACCAUGACCACUGGUCAAUGUUGAAUUAGGUGAAUGGUUAACAUAUUCAUGGCAACUGGUCUAUGUAGGACUGGCUAACAUACAGUGGGUAUCAGAAGUAUUCACCGCCUUGGAUGUUUUCACGUUGGUGGGUUACAAAGUGGGAUUGAAAUAGAUUUAAUUGUCAUUUUCCUGUCAUGGAUUUACACAAAAUACUCAAUAACAUCAAAGUGAAAAGAAUUUAAAAAAUAAAAUGUAUACAGAUUAAUAAAAUUUAAUUGACUAAAAUAAAGUUGUUGCAUAUAAGUAUUCACCCCCUUUGUUUAGGCAUGCCUAAAUUAGUUCAGGAGUAACAUUUGGCUUAACAAAUCACAAGAUACAUGUGAAAUAAUGUAACUUGUGACUUAACUUUUUAAUGACUACCCCUUCCUUUGUCCCCCAUACAAGGUCCCUCAGUCAAGAAUUGAAUUUCAAGUACAGAUUCAACUACAAAGACCAGAGGGGUAUACAAUGACGCAAGCUACAGUAGAUCUACUCAGGGUUUUCUAAAGCUAGCCAGCUUCAGUUACUUUCCCAUUCCAGCUCAGGCUUCGUCUGUACUACGACGGGGGAUAUUGCUUGUCCGUCUACCAAACUCUAGCAGGCUUGAAAGUUCGUGUGCGUGUUGCACAUGGCUAGUCAAACACCAAACUUUUCAUUGAGACAACGCUGAAACAAUCCAUGGGAAAGUCGGUGGCAUAUUUUCAUUUGUGCCGAAAUCGAAAUGAAAGAAAAGGUAUAAAUUCAGCGGGCUUUCGUGUGCAAUAGACUUUUUGAAGUGGUGUCUUUUUAUUACUUUGGUGUGGUUAUAAACACAAGUCAUUUUUCCCGCACUCCUAUUGAUCAAAUAAUUGUAUUAAGUCAUACAAAUGUUUUACUGUGCGUGACGUUUCAAAUGCAUUUGUCAUUACUAAAUGUCUAAUGUGAUUAGUGUGACCAUGUUAAACUGCCUAUUUGGAUGGUCCCAUCUGUAGAUGCUCUACAAACAGUCAUACUGUCAAUAUGCUAUCAAGGUCAAACUAUCUGUUGAUAAGCAACUGCGGCUUCGUGUUAUGUUGCGGUUAGGGUUAUGUUUAGAAUAAGGGUUAGGGUUAGUAGAUAGUUAGUUGAAAAUUUACAGAUGCUUUACAGACUACCCACCCGAAACACGGCAAAGGAAUACACUUUUUGGCCUAAAUGCAAAACCUUAUGCUUGAGGCAAAUCCAACAUAACUCAUCACUGAGUAACUGUAUCAUUAUUUUCAUCAUGGUAUGGGCAUGCUUGACAUCGGCAAAGACUGGGGAGUUUUUCAGGAUAAAAAUAAAUGAGAUUGAGCUAAG